AUGGCUCAGGGAAUUGCAGACAUCGGCGAUUGCCUCAGAAUGCCUUAUCUUAUUGGCGCAACUCAAACCCAAUUUUACCAAACCUAUCAGGAAGAAACAUUCGGAACUUGCCAUAUAUUUGACAGACCUGAUAUCUGUUGGGAGACUGAAAGCUUGAAAUCCUUAUCUGAAUGGGGCUGUGAUCCGGGCGGUCCAUGCUGCACUUGCGACUGUGACUGUCGGCCUGCCCCGAAGAGCAACGCACAGCCAGGUGAAUACUUUCGCACCUCCCAGGAUAAUACCGCUGCUUCUUACGGCAAUGACAAGACCUCAUCGUCAACGCACCGCAUGUCGAAGAGAUACACCGGGAGGGGUAACAAAGAAGAUAGAAAGCAAGGCGUACACAAAGACAAGAAAGAGAAGAACAAGGGGGAUGGGAGCAAAAACAACAAGAGAGGCACGUCAAAGCGACGGUCCCACUGA